ACGUACUGUGGGUGUAAUGUGGGUGUGACAUGUGGCUAUAUUAAUCCAACCACCUUUCAGGUUACAGCACAUAGUUACCGAUAUCUGCUAUUGAGUAGCCUACAUGAUAUGUUCUCAAGACUUCAGAGACUUCUGCAUCAUAUGGAAAAAGGAAACUGAAAGUCCGAGAUGGCAAAUGGACCAGCCUUGUCCACUGCUAGAAGUGGGGAAGUGUAUCAAACAUCCCCCCUCUCACUGUUGGAUGUUCUCUAUGCAAAUCAGUUUGAAGGAAAGGUCAUUGAUCCAGAAGUUGUUAAACAGGCAGAGGAAAACUUUUACAGAGGGGCCCCACCCAACUGGUUAAACUUUUACAUUAGUGAAAAGGCAGAAUCAGAUGGCACUGGAACUCCUUUCAUCAAACGAGAUGGAUACGACAAACUUGUGGGACAAAUUCAAAAACAGAGGGAAUUCCGCGGAAUAUCAACUGUUAAACUGUUCCACCAGCCAGGUUGUGGGGGGACCACACUGGCAAUGAAGGUGCUAUGGGACUUGAGGAAAAGCUUCAGGAGUGCUGUUUUAACAGGCUCAACCUCAGACAUCACAAAUGUUGCAGAGGAGGUGGUCCACCUUUUCACAGCAGGCAGUCGAGGACACCAGAACACUGUGCUGCUGUUAGUGAAUGAUGAGGAGAGUUUGGAAAAUCUGCAAGACAACAUUUUGGAAAAGAUUACUGAGCAGCAGAUAGACACCCGUAUGCCUGUGGUGAUAUUUCUUAACUGCGUUAGAAAGGAUGCCCUUCUACAAAAUAGAGACAAUGUCGUACUACAAAAACAACUUUCUGACACAGAGAAGCAAAAGUUUGAUGAGAAAAAUAAAGAACUUUGCAGAAAGUACAGUGACAAAUGCAACCAAUUCCAUGGCUUUAACAUAAUGCAAACUAAUUUCUCUCUAGCUUACGUCGAACAAAUAUGCAAAGUAUUCAGCACAGUCCAAAGAGCAAAUAAACAAAAGAAAGCCCAGCUUGCUGCCUUCAUAUCCCUGCUGAAUGCCUAUGUACCAGGCUCAUAUCUCCUUGAGUCUCAGUGUCUGGACUUCUUCAAACAUGAUGACUACAUUCAUGGAGACUUUUCACUGGAGGACAGAAUGGAGCCCUUUAGCCAUCUCAUCAUCACCUUCCAAGAAGCAUCUGGAAAAAAAGUCUGCAUGGCUCACCCUAUGAUAGCACAGUGUUGUACUGAAUUGAUGGUAGAAGCAGAUGUGGCCAGAAGUGACACAGCAAGAAACCUAUUGACCACUUUGUGCAGAGAUGAGGUUCCUGCAUUUUUUGUUGGUUUUGUCAAAGACAUGUUAACCAAAAGAAGACCAAAACCACAAGAAACAGAAGAAGAGAACCAAAUCAAUAGUACAGAGAUGAAAGAGGAGCAAGAAAGAUUUUCUAGAUUGAUUCUAGAUAUUCAAAGGAUGGAGAAUGAUGUCCAAAGUGCAUCUGUUUUAAAGAUGGCGUCAAAUAAGUUUGGUCAAAAUCCAUUUUUUCCACAAGCACUUGCUCGUUUUUAUUACACAGAAUUAAAAGACUACAACCAGGCAGAAAUGUGGGCAAAGACAGCAAAGCAAAGAGAUCCCAAAAAUUCAUUUAUUGCUGACACACUGGGCCAAGUCUAUAAGAACAAUUUGAAGAACAUAGAGCAUUCUGCCAAUCCAAGAGAAAUUUUUCAACUGGCUGCAAAGGCCAUUGAAGCUUUCAAAGAUGAAGAACAACUUGCUGAAAAUGAACGUGGGAGAGACAUGAAAGGAGAUGGCAAGACCAAAGUCUCACAUGUUUUUAACACCAGAGGGAUGUUUGGUUAUCUACAAGUUUGCAACCUUGUGUAUGACCUACUUGUCAAACAGAACGAAACUUGGAGAGGAGUUCUCACAAAGAAAGUGUCCUUGGGCUCUGUCCUGGGAUCACUUGGAGACAACAAACUCUUCAGAUUUAAUGCUCUAAUAAACAGCCUAAGAGAUGAGGUUGAGAGAAAAUGUGCAUUUUUUGAUACAUAUCUGACUUACUCAAAGCCUGACAUGAAGAAAGAUGAUCGCUCAUACAUUUCUAGAGACACCUCAGACUGCUACAGGAAGUAUGUCGGAGACUCCCCACCAAAGCACUUCAAAGAAAAAGGUGCUAUUCUCAUCCAGAAGCUUAAGCAAAACCUGGUAGACACAUCCGCUCGAGUACUCUCAUGUCUUGACAGAGAAUGCACUGAAUCACACCUUAAGGAAAUAACUACAUGGUGGGAAGAAAUCUUUUUACAGAGCGAUUCGGUCUCAGCUCUUGCCAACUACAUCCUCGCUCAUAUCAUGUUAAGAAAUAUGGGAGCAAUGUUUCCUUCUGAUUGCAAUUAUUUAACUGUGUUUAAACAGAAAAUGCCUCUGAUCCCCAAAGAUUCACCUGAGCUCCACAUGUUAACCCUCCUCCUGUGCUGGCCUACAAACAGUAAAGAGAAAUGUGUCCUUGACCUCAAUAAAUUAAUUCAGAGUAUGCACUGCUCCUAUGAACAUGCAUAUGAGAUACACUUUCGAUCAAGGUACCUCCCCCCUCUGUUUUUCAUUGGAAAAGGUCAAGAUCUGACCAGAAUUGUUCACAGAAAGGUCCUCAAAGAAAUGGUUCUUGAGCAAAAUGAUGAAACAAUACAAGAUUGGAACAACAACUGGAGCAACGAGAAGAUUUUUGAAGAUCCGAAGGUCCAAGCACGCCUUCUCAAAGUUGAAGGGGUGGUACGAAACUACAGAGUCUAUGCAACAAUUGGUGGUACAGUGAUUGAGAUGGAUGCAAACCUCCGAAACCGCCUCUGGAAAACACGCCAAGUUUCCUUUUACAUUGGAGUUAACAUCAGAGGUCCUGUAGCCUUUGCCAUCCAGACAAAACCUGCAAAAAAGGACAUGGCUAGCUCAGAACCCAAGGAAAUAAAACCACAACUCUCUCCCUGGAUGGAUAACAAUGGAGGUCAUUUCGUAGAUCUCCAUCAGACAGCUCUGAUUAACAGAGUGACUGAUACAGAAGGCAUCCUGUUAAAGCUUAAGGAUAGGAGGUUGAUCUCAAAUGAGAACUAUGAGGCUGUGAGAGCUUUAAAAUCCACACAAGACCAGAUGAGUGGCAUUCUUCAGAGUUUGACUUCCAACACAAUGGGCAAAGACGCUCUCUAUGAAAUCCUUAAAAGGAUGAAGAGUAUGAGGCCUCUCAUCAAUGAGCUUGAGGGAUCUGAUUAAAGGAGCAAAAUGUACAAGUAAAAAUGUGUUGUAGCUUUUGACAAUAAGUGGGCUUUUAACACAAUAGUCGGUGGACACAAUGUUAUACAUUAAAUUCAGCGCCCUAUACUAGUCAUCAGGAAAGCACUUUUAGUGAUGGACCUAUUGUGUCUGCUGUGAAAAGAAAUGCUCCAGGUCAUUUAUAUCAGCUGAUCGCACAUCAGAUACUUUAGAUGAAAAGAGCAAUGAAAUUAAGCUCCUAAACCUUUAAUCAUUUACAUAGUAUCUGUUUAAGCAUUUUGUUAUUGGAUUGAUGAAAUUUGAAAAUACAAGGCAUCUUAAAACUACUAAAGAAGCAACAUUAAAUAUUUGUAUUAUCAGUCUUUUCAUUACUUUCUUCCAUGUAAAUAUUCAUGUUUUACAUCAAGCAAGAUGGGUUAAGCAACCUCAAGGUAAUUGUAAUGGGCAACCUAUUUUUUAAAGACACAGAUUAUGUUGUUUAAAUGUGGUUUAAAAGGUUGUUUAAAUUGUAGGCUACGUGACAGUUCUGAAGUUUUUUUGAUGUAUUUAUCAAGAAUUCUAAGUAUGUAAGGAAGAACACAUGACUUUUGAUGUUUUGCUAUAAUCUGCUUGACUAAAGAUUUGGAAAAUGUUAGCUUAGUAUGAUUAAUGAAGAUUGACUGUUUGUGUGUUUUACUUCUUUUUUUUCAAAAAAAUAAUUAUUCAGUUUAAUGGUAAAACCAGAAUAAUCUCAACACAUUGAGAGUUUUAAUCUAAAAGAGAGGAAUUAUUUAGUCUUUUUUAUAUUCCCACAUUACCUCUGUCCAUCAUUUUAUCUUGUCUCUACAUUAUUGAGACAAAAGAUUAAGAAGAAUAAGAAUGAGAGUGUCUAUAUACUGUGACAUUUGUGUAUAGUCAUGGAGUUUUUUACUAGAAACUUUUAAAUAAGAAUUUUUUUCUGACAUAAUAAACUAAUUCCAAUUAAA